AUCUGUAUGCUGAGUCGCUUUCAUCGAUUCGCAUUUCGUUUCCAACCAUCGCGUUCGUUCCUUUCCACCAUGUCGUCCCAAUCAAAUCCUAAUUCGAAGAGUGCAGCUAAAAAAGAAGCCAAGAGACUCGAAAAAGAGGCCAAGCUCGCAGCCAAGGCGGUGAAGACUACUAACAAUAACGACAACAGUGGGGAUAAAAGGGUCAAGGUAGAGAAGAAAAAGGAGGAGGAGGAGGAUUUUGUGAAUACGACACCCAAAGGCGAGAAGAAGGAUCUUUCGCAACCCAUGUCGGCGGGAUAUAACCCAAUCGCGGUAGAGUCGGCGUGGUACGACUGGUGGCAUUCCCAGGGAUUCUUCAAGCCAGAGUAUGGUGGGAAGAAUGCGGAGGUCUUCGUUAUCCCGGCCCCUCCUCCCAAUGUGACGGGCAGCCUACAUAUUGGUCAUGCGCUGACGACGGCAAUACAGGAUUCGCUUGUUAGGUGGAACCGGAUGCUAGGCCGCCAGACACUGUUCUCGCCUGGCUUUGACCACGCGGGGAUCUCGACGCAGAGUGUGGUAGAGAAACGGCUAUUCAAGAGUGAGGGUAAGACAAGACAUGAUCUUGGACGGGAAAGGUUUCUGGAGACGGUUAUGGAUUGGAAAAAUGAGUACCAAGCGAGGAUAACUAACCAGCUCCAUCGACUAGGUGGGAGCUAUGACUGGGACCGCGUCGCGUUUACGAUGAAUGAGGGUCUGAGCAAGGCCGUUAUCGAGACGUUCUGCAGAUUGCAUGAGGACGGGAUCAUCUAUCGCGCGAAUAGGCUUGUAAACUGGUGUGUCCGCCUUAACACGACCCUCAGCAAUCUCGAGGUCGACCAGAAGCAGUUGACAGGGCGGACGUUGAUGAGCGUACCAGGGUAUGACGCGAAAGAAAAAUUUGAGUUUGGAGUUAUCACGAGUUUCGCGUAUCCACUAGAAGCCGGAGAGAGGGUGGUGGUCGCGACGACUCGGCCUGAGACCAUGUUGGGAGAUACGGCUAUCGCGGUGCAUCCCGACGAUGACAGAUACCGGCACCUCCAUGGAAAGCAUGCGGUUCAUCCGUUCGUCGAGGGGAGGAGGAUCCCAAUUGUUACCGAUGAGAUGGUAGAUCGCGAGUUUGGGACUGGCGCGGUGAAAAUCACGCCGGCGCAUGACCAGAACGAUUGGGAAGUUGGUGUGAGGCAUGGCCUGGAGGUAGUGAAUAUCAUGAACGACGACGGGACGUUCAACGAGCAUGCCGGCGAGAGGUUCAAGGGUAUGAAACGCUUUCAUGCCCGUGUCGCCGUCGUCGAGGCUCUCAAGGAAGCUGGGCUAUUUGUCGAGACAAAGGAUAACCCCAUGAUGAUACCUAUUUGCAGCAAAUCCGGCGACGUUAUCGAACCCAUACUUAAACCUCAAUGGUGGGUAAACUGCAAGCCUCUCGCCGACGAAGCUAUCAAACGGACGCGCGCUGGUGAGCUCAUCAUUACGCCUAAACAAUCAGAGAACGAGUGGUACCGCUGGUUGGAGGGUAUCCAGGACUGGUGCAUCUCCCGCCAGCUCUGGUGGGGACAUCGUUGUCCGGCCUACUUUGUGAAUGUCGAAGGGAGAGAGCAGGAUAAAAACGAUGGCAAAAACUGGAUUGUGGGUCGGACGCUCGAGCAGGCGACGGAACGUGCCAAGGUGCUUGCUGCUGGCCAGCCGUUCACCCUGGUGCAGGAUGAAGACGUCCUUGAUACUUGGUUUUCUUCUGGGUUGUGGCCUUUCUCGAUUAUGGGCUGGCCGGAAAAGACGCUUGAUUUCGAGAAAUUUUACCCCUCCUCGAUUCUUGAAACUGGUUGGGAUAUUCUUUUCUUCUGGGUAGCGAGGAUGGUCAUGCUGGGGAUCAAGCUCACGGGGAGGAUGCCGUUCAAGGAGGUGUAUUGUCACGCGAUGAUCCGCGACGCACACGGAAGGAAGAUGAGCAAGUCCCUUGGGAACGUCAUAGACCCGAUUGAUGUAAUACAAGGUUUGGAGCUGGAGAAGUUACAUGAGAAGCUCGUUGAGGGCAACUUAGACGAGCGGGAGAUCAAGAAAGCAAGAGAAGGCCAGAAGAAGGAUUUCCCCAAGGGUAUUCCGCAGUGUGGGACUGAUGCAUUGAGGUUUGCUCUCUGUGCGUACUCAGGUGGAGGGCGUGAUAUCAAUCUCGAGAUUCUACGUGUGGAAGGAUACAGGAAAUUUUGCAACAAGAUUUUCAAUGCGACCAAGUUUGCGAUGCUCAAACUGGAUGGGGAGUUCGUCCCCGAGGUGAACGCCAAGCCUACGGGCAAGGAGAGCCUCGUGGAGCGUUGGAUCCUGCAUAAACUCAAUAUCGCUGCCAGAGAGAUUAAUACCCAGAUGGGGGAGCGUAACUUUAUGAUGACCACGACGGCCGCAUAUAACUUUUGGCUGUACGAGUUAUGUGAUGUCUAUAUUGAAGCAAUGAAACCUAUGUCAGACGACAAAUCACCGAUAGAGACGAGGAGAUCCGCCCAACAAACGUUGUAUACAUGUUUAGAUUACGGACUGAGGUUAUUGCACCCCUUCAUGCCGUUCGUCACUGAGGAGCUGUGGCAGCGCCUCCCGCGCCGGCCGGGCGAUGCGACUCCAUCGAUUAUGGUUUCGAGGUUCCCAGUGUUUGACGAGGCGUUCGUGUUUGAGGAUGCUGAUAGAGAGUUUGAUCUGGUGUUUGCGGUACUCAAGGCCGGACGGUCCUUGGCUGCGUCGUAUAAUCUGCAGAGUGAUAUCCAGUUCUUCAUACACGCACAGGACGAUGCACGGCUCAUUGAGGGCCAGUUGCCUACCAUUGUUGCUCUGACGAAGGGAUGCAAGAGUGCAGUGGUCGUGAACGAUUCAAAAGACGUUCCUGCCGGUUGUGGAAGUAGCGUUGUUACCAAGUCGAUUGUCAUCCGUACGCUCGUAAGGGGCCUGGUGGAUCUCGACCGUGAGAUUGCGAAAUGCGAAAAGAAGUUGGACGUGGCGCGGUUGAACCUCUCCAAACUGGCCAAGUUUGAGAACGAGACUCUUCCAGAGAAUGUAAGGUUGGCAAAUGAGGAAAAGAAAAAGACAUUGGAGGCGGAGAUUAUGACGCUGGAGGCUUCACAGAAGAUGUUUGCGGAUUUGAAAUAGAUGUAUGUGGAAUUAUGAUUGUAUUAUGAUGUGCAAAUUCUGGUUUGCAACUUCCCGUCUUUGUUCUUCUAUCCGACAACUGAAUGAAUGUGUAUAAAUAAUAAGG